AUGAUCCCAGAGAAACCGGCCGUUGUCUGCGUCUUCUGUGGCGCAACAGCUGGUAAAGACCCUGUCCACCUCGAAGCAGCUCGUGCGCUCGCCUACGAGUUCCACAAGAACAAUGUCCAGCUUGUCUACGGCGGCGGUACAACCGGGCUGAUGGGCGAGCUCGCGAAAACCCUAGUUUCUCUUUCUGGACCCAAGGCUGUGCAUGGUGUCAUUCCCCGUGCGCUGGUGAAGGUAUCGGCAAAGAACUGCAACGGCGAGAACGGGUCGGGGACUGGCACUCCCGACGGCAAGGCGGCUGAACGAGUAGUCUCGGAAUCCUUGGAGGGUGAUGAGAUCCCAGAGUCGGAAUACGGACUUACAACAAUUGUACCAGAUAUGCACACACGCAAACGCCUGAUGGCUACAAAGGUCAUUGAAGGCGGGCCUGGAUCGGGCUUUGUGUCACUGGCUGGUGGGUUUGGAACGAUUGAGGAGGUUAUGGAGAUGACAACAUGGAACCAGCUCGGUAUCCACCGCGUGGGGGUGGUGCUGCUGAAUAUUAAUGGUUACUGGGAUGGGCUUCUGGCUUGGGUGCGCAAUGCGGUCGACGCAGGGUUUAUCACCCAGGGCAAUGGCUCAAUUCUAGCGGAGGCUCACGAUGUGAAGGAGGUAUGGCCCAAGCUGCUGGAGUACCAAUGUAGCAGUGACCGGAUGCAAUUAAACUGGGGACAGGAGUGA